AAGAGCGGGGGUGAGAUUUCAUCGCUCACUCCGUUGUUUGAGCUACUUCGUGUGCGCAUAGUGCUGGACCAGCCGGAGCAGAGGUCAGGACGGGGAGCUCUCUGUGUGAGAUACGGAAGCACCGAGGAAGCCCCCUUUGAUAGAGCUGCUCAGUGUUAUACAGAACCGGCCGGCUUUCCCUCGGUGGGGCAUGGUGAGUUUUUUUUGCGGGAUGAGAGCCACCAGGGGCCGCGCACAUUGGGGAUAUCCAGGGCGCCUGUAGUGUGCACCCACUGGGAGCAGCGGUGGGGUGGCAGGCUGGUGGUCGGUCCCUUCCUGAUGACAAAGCGGGUGGCACAACCGAUGAAUAACUCGGAGGAGGUUUCGCCCGGGAGACAAGAUGAUCGCGGCGUUUUUCCCCUUGAAGAAACUGCGGCGCAACGGCAAAUAUCUCCUGUUCGGGGCGAUCCUGCUGGUCGGAGCUGUGGCCGUCUACAAUGAGAUGGUCGCUGCAAAAGCAUGGAGCAGUGAUAGCAGUAUGAAUCCUGACGCUGACGGCAGCAGCUGGAGGAGAGCCAUGUUUGACGAAAGGGUCAGAAGGGACCAUCAACAGGAGGAUUCAGAUACUUGGAGCUCCAGCUACACUCCACAAACCUGGAAACCAGAGUAUAAGGGACAGGCCAAUCUGCACGUCUUUGAGGACUGGUGUGGCAGUUCUACGGCUGACCUCGACAAGAACAUGCACUACCCGCUGUAUCCUCAUUCCAGGACUACAGUGAAGAAGCUGGCCGUCUCUCCUCAGUGGACCAACUAUGGGCUCAGGAUAUUUGGUUAUCUACAUCCAUACGCUGACGGAGAGUUUGUGUUUGCUUUGAGCUCUGAUGACAACUCUGAAUUUUGGCUCAGCACAGACGACUCUCCCCUCAAACUGCAGCUAUUGGCAUUGGUUGGCAAGACUGGCACAGAGUGGACUGCCCCGGGCGAGUUUGAGAAGUAUGCCAGUCAGACCUCCAGACCUGUUCGGCUGUCUGCUCAGAAGAGGUACUUUUUUGAAGUUAUCCACAAGCAAAACGACAGAGGGACUGACCAUGUGGAGGUGGCAUGGCAACUCUUGGAUCGCGACUUUAGGUUCAUGGUUAUUGAAUCGAAUCACAUCUCCCUCUAUGUUAAUGAGUCUGCCUUGUUACUGAGUGAUAUUGCCCACAUACCACAGACGGCUGCAAGCCACCAACAUGCCCCCACAAAACAGCACAGUGCCGCAGCAGACAUGCUGAGUAAAGAUCCCCGAGACACUCUCUACCAAGUGCCUUUGAUAAACAGCAAGUUCCUACAAGGUGUUCUGCCUGACUGCUCGUACAAACCCAGCUACACAAUCAAAGACUUCCCUCUGCUCCGCUACCAGGGACUGCAGUUUGUCCACAUGUCCUACAUCUACCCCAAUGACUACACCCGACUCACACACAUGGAGACACAGAACAGCUGCUUCUACCCCGAGAGCCCCUUCUACAUGAAGAUGUUCGGUUUCUCUAGAUACAUGAGACUAGACCGUCCUGAUAUGCAGGAAAAGGGAAACGCAGGCAGAGAUUUUGGUUUCCAGAGGAGGAAAUCGGUGCAAGAUGAGGAAGAGGACGAGUUUGACAAUGAAGCCUUCCAAAGAGAAAAGGAAAUCAGACCAGAGCAGAUGGAUAACGGCCUUUUUCCAGACUAUGGUGAUGAUUAUGAUGAUUAUGCUCAGAGACGCAGACGCAAACUCUUCUCCUUAGCCAUGCAAGAAACUAACAACAUACCGACGAACAACUCUAACACAAGACUGCUCGUAGAUGAGCUGCAGAGCAGGCAAAGGAAAGACAGUGUCCCGCAGCCUCAUCCAGAGCCACAGACAGCAGGUGAGCCUCUGCAGUCAGUGCCAACACAAGCCUUAAAACAUCUCCAGCUCCUGCGACAGAACAGGACAGACUUAAAACUAGAGGGCCUGGUUAAAAAAGUAGAACGGAUAAAACCAAAAGGAAAGUUGAGACCAGCAAAGAGACAAAAACUCAAAUCAGUAACGACAGCUGGGCGACCAGGAAAGACAAAUCCACCGAUACCAGUGGAGAGAGAGCAGCUUAAAGCAAAAGAACGACUAGUGGUCCCGUCAGACCAGCUCAAUUCUAAACAGCAUCAUAUCCAGAGGUCCCGUAAAAUGAACCAUACCCAAAUACAGAAACUCAAAGACUCAAAGCUUCAACCCUUGGAGAGGGAGGCUCCUCUGCCUGAAAAACCUGCAGUGGUCAAACAACGGAGGUUUGUAACCAGACAAAUUGAGAUCAAGCCAGCUGCCAACAAGCUCCUUACCACUCCUAAGAGGGACCGCUCUUUAGUAAGGCUAAAUCAGAAGGACAGAGAUAGCAAAAAACGCCUCAGGGAUAAGGAGAUCGAGAUGAAUAUGCCUCUACAAGUGGAUGAAGAAAGUAGCAUCCACAAAGCGAAAAUCGCUAAAGGCAAAAUGGACAAAAAGUGGUCGGAUACAGAAGGAGUGGAGGAGCAGGCAGGGAAGGAAGACAAGGUUCACAACAGGGCCGUGAACAGGAAAGACAUCGGAGAGGAUGAGAGAGACUCUCUAUGGGGACCAGGGACAGACUUGGAAGGUACGGAUGAUGAGGACCUUACCCCUGCCCCGGUGUUUGACACUGAGGUCAACUGGAGCCAAACCUUCAAGGUCAACCACCUGGACCUUCAGGCGCAGCGAUCGGAUUGGAUUGACCUGCACUGCAACGUCUCAGGCAACCUGCUGCUCCACUCCAGUGACGCUUUGCCCAUGGUCAAGGCUUUUAUGGACCAACUCAACGAAAAGAACAAUGGGCGGUUCACAUUGGUGCGUGUGGUUAACGUGGUGAAGCGUGUGGAUGGGGUCCAGGGCAGCCGCUACCUCCUGGAGCUGGAGCUGAAAGAUGUGGACGGCCAGCUGCUGCGCCUUUCGCACUACAUCUACACUCUGAUUCGCUACAGCAGGCAUCGCAGCAAGGAAUUCGGUUUCCAACGGUCGAAACCUCAGCUGGUGCUGUGUAACCCAGUGGGCUUCCGCUGGAAUCCUGUUGCCACUGUCCACUUCAUAGUACCGGUGAAGAACCAGGCUCGGUGGGUGCAGCAGCUGAUUGCUGACAUGGAACAGCUCUUCAGAGAAACUAAAGACACCAACUUCAAUCUCAUCAUCACAGACUUCAACAGCACUGACAUGGACGUGAGGAAGGCUCUACAGAAAUCCUCCCUCCCCAGGUACGAGUAUGUGAAGCUGAGUGGAAACUUUGAGCGAUCUGCUGGUCUGCAAGCAGGUGUCGACCUGAUAAGUGAUGACCACAGCAUUGUGUUUCUUUGUGACCUCCACAUCUACUUCCCUCCCUCCAUCAUUGAUACCAUCAGGAAGCACUGUGUGGAGGGUUACAUGGCCUUUGCUCCAAUAGUCCUAAGACUGGACUGCGGCGCUACACCAUUAGAGGCCAGAGGAUACUGGGAGGUCAAUGGCUUUGGUCUGCUGGGGAUCUAUAAGUCAGAUCUGGACACAGUCGGAGGAAUGAACACCAGGGAAUUCACAGACCGUUGGGGAGGAGAAGACUGGGAGCUUCUCGACAGGAUCCUCCAGGCAGGGCUGGAAGUGGAGAGGAUCUACUUGAGGAAGUUCUUCCACCACUAUCACUCCAAACGUGGCAUGUGGAACCGGCAGAUGUCGCCCAGACACAGGUGACCUUGUUCCCCCAUGACCACAGUCGCCACGGUUACAACCAUGGCAACCAGAGCACUUUAUUCCUGCUACAUAUUUGUAAUACCUGCUGACCGAAAGAGAGGGUUAUAUAGGAUGAUGACACAGGACGGGACACUGUCCUCAGUCUGUGAAACAGCAGUGUACAAGUGGCAGAAGGUCGUUGCUAAGGAGAUACUACUGAUAGACUUUAUUUCACUGGAUGUACUUUUGACUACUAAAAGGGUACUGGUUGAUGAGUGCCACUGUGUGAUAUUGCAUAUGAAGAUACUGCCGUGCACCACGAUGAUUUGUCUGACUGACCUGAUCCAAAGGAACUGACAUGAUCCAAAGACAAAAACGUAAAUUAAAUGACACACUCCGAGGAUGUAUACUCACAGUCGUAUAUCAAAAAGAUCACACGUCUUGCACAUGAGUCUUAACUGAAAAAUAAAUUUUUGUUUUGUUUGUCACAAAAUGAAAUAUAUGUCUUUGACUACAGAUUGUGUUUGUGGUAAACACAGCCGUAUUUGUCAUGUUGUAAAUGAUGAAAAACUUUAUAUUUAUUAUUUCAAUGUUUGUAGGAUUUUGUUUUUCAUUUGAGUUUAAUGUUAUUUCUACAAAUAUUUCAGACAAGUGUACCUCAGUUUGCUGUUGAGUGCCCUCCCUAUUUGUUCUCAUUCAUAUUAAUUGUGCCUUCUGUUGCGACUGUUAUUCAGGUACUGGGUUCACAUAGGGCUGUUUUUAACAGACGAGUUAGGAAAAGCCUUAAACUGGAAUAAUAAUGAUUAAUUAUUACAAUAUUUAAGGGAUUUUCAUGAUUGUAGAAUUUAGUUUUAUCAGAGAAGGAGUCAGUUCAACAGGCAACACAUUACAGACAUAUGGAACAGUAAUCAAAUAUCACAAAAACACAAACAUUGCAUUAUUGUUACAAUUUUUCAUAUUUCUCCCUACACUGCCACUUACCAAAGGUAAUAGUUGAAAGUAGAGCUGCAACGAUUAGUAGGUUUCAGCCUCUUGAAUGGUGAGAUUUCCCACCUGUCUCAGUUUUCGAUCAUACGGAAUAUCUUUGGGUUUUGCACUGACAAAACAAGACAUUUAAAGACUCUGAGAAACAGGGGUGGACUAUUUUUCACUAUUUUCUGACAUUUUAUAGACCAAGCAAUUAAUUGAUUCAUCUAGAAAAGAAUCUGCAGCAUAAUUGAUAAUGAAAAUAAUCGUUAGUUGCAACCCUAGUUCAAAAGUUCCUGUGCUGAAAAGUUUGUUUUUGAACAUAACGGCUAUUGAACAUUGUACAGCAUUAAGGGCCAUUUUAGUCAGUAACUUUUAAUGCUGCCAGCUCUUGUUGUUUUUAUUGAUCUACCUGCUGAAUUCAAUAGUUUGUUUUUUUCGAAAGAAUAAUUGUUUUGUUGAAUCUCAAAACCUAGUCAGGAAAUGUGGUUAGUGAAAAAUCUUUAUUGUGUUUAUAAUAUUGUUCUAUUGUUAUUUAAGACAAGGGCAGCAUUUUAUGAUUGUUAACAUUCCGGUUUAACAUCUUGUUGUGCCUUUCUUUGUCUUCUGACAUUGAUACAGGUUGAAUCGUUUCACUUGUCAUGUUCGAUUAAAAGCAAAACACAAUCCUGGCCUGAAACCAGACCACUGGCAAGAAUUGUGUGAUGUUUUUUCUUUCCCUUUUUCUUUUACGGAGGCAUUGACACAUUUGGUUUCUGGUUUGGCCAGAAUGCUAGAUGCUUUCCCCUUUCAUCUUUUACUACUACUUCAUCUCUAACUAUAUUGUUUUUAGAUAUACCUCAUACCUCUCUUUGUGUUGGGAGUUAACCUCUGCCUUAUUGUACGGUUCUGGAGUCUCUUCUCUCAGGGACAGUUUUUCCAUGUUACACUGCCUUGACAAAUCUGAGGAAUAAAUUUAUUUUCCCUUCA